CCGGAUUAUGGGAGUUGACAACUUUCAGGCGUUGACUGUGACACGUGUCAACCGGUAACUGACACGUGGCAAUUUUAAGGGUAAAAAAAGUUAUAAAAAAUAACUUUUUCCCCAAAUUCCCACCAAAAGACUAAUUGGGUUAAUUAACCCCCCCCCAAAAAAAAUUGCAAUUCAUUACCUCUCUCCUCUACGUGACUCCACACCGAGGAGUACUGGAAGAUUCAAGUCCGAGAAAAGCACUUAGCCACUUCAAUUUGCUGCCACGAAUUGUGAUUAAUACCACACGAAUCAGGAAAGUUUGGUGAAAGUCUCGAUUUCUCUAAACUGUUGUUGCAAUCAAAUCACAAAAGGCGAGUGCAGAUCGAAUAUGUCGACUGUGAAAGUAGGUGUUGAAUGUGUGACAAGGAGCAUUCCAAGGACACCAAUAGCUAUGACCCCGAUGGUGAAAUGUCCUGUAUCCUUAGGCAGUGUAAAAAGUAUCUCCAAGUCAUUUGGGUUGAAAUCUUCAUCGUUGAGGUUUAGAACAAGUGCAAUGGCAGUAUACAAGGUUAAGUUAAUUGGUCCUGAUGGAAGUGAAAACGAGGUUGAUGUCCCUGAUGAUGCUUACAUCCUAGACGCAGCAGAAAAAGCAGGGGUUGAGCUGCCAUACUUGUGCAGAGUAGGUGCAUGUUCAAUUUGUGUUGGUCAGCUUGCAAAUGGAACAGUUAAUCAAUCUGAUGGAUCUUACCUUGAUGAUAAUCAAAUACAGCAGGGUUGUUUGCUCACAUGUGUUUCUUACCCGCGAUCCGACUGUGAAAUUCAUACUCACAAGGAGAAUCAUCUUUACUGAUCCAUUUCAGGACUCAGAUUUAUUCCAUCUCGUUUUAUGUAUUUCUAUUCCUACUUGCGUAUGUAUGUUGUGUGUCGUAAACGGUAACAUGUCAGUUUCGUGGCUGUUGCUUUUUAGCUCUUUCAAUUUAGCCUUCCUUUAGUUUUCCUUCUAAAGUGUUAAAACUCACUAGUUCCAAAACACAAAGAGAAGGACGAGUUUUAACCUACCAAUAAAACUGCUGUAUCUAUUCCCCAUGGUUUGCACUA